GUCACAUCCGGUGUUUAGUCCCGCCCCCUUGCUUCAGGCAGACCGCGGAGAUUUGAAAGUAACCGCUAGUUCAGUUACAAGACCCAAAACAAACAGAAUACCAGCUGCACACUGAUACAUAUUCUCUGACAUCUCAACAUCAUGACGUCCAUUACGGAUCCGAACAUGAGUGACAGAUUCACCAGUGCCAUGGGGGAGUGCCAAAACAAACAGCUCAAAACGUAUGGUGAAAUCAUUGAUGGGAUGACAGAGCUGUGCCAGUCUCACAGACAGCUUUUGACCUCUUCACUUGAUUUAUGUUCAAAGAAAUCCAAGGACGAUGAGAUGCUGUUUGAGACAAUCCACACGUUCAAAAAAGACUUGGACCAAAGAAACGCAUCAAUUAAAGAGAAACGGCAUAACAUCUCUGAAGUGAUGUCGGAAAUUCAGCAGAAGGAGAUGCAGAAAGACGAAAUUAUCCAGAAGAUAGAGAAACUUAAAGAAGAGCAAGCUGAGAGAAAAGAGUUAAUUAAGUCACAAAACAAAGCAAACAAAGACAGACUGAAAAAUCUCGGGAAAGCCAGACUCGUCUUUCAGGAACAUUUGGGGUUGGAGAUCCGAACAAUCCUUGGCAAAACACAGCUGGUUAAAGGUGAAAAGUUGCAGUUUGUUUUCCGGAAUAUCAACCCUUCAGACCUGGACAGCGCGUAUGUUGUCACUAUGGGGAUUAAAGCAGACGGAUCAUACCAGAUUGUGUCGAGUGACCCCGCUCUUGAGUGUUUGCCAGUCUUGGAAAGUCGGCUUCAGGAGACCAAUAACUUACCUGCAUUCCUGGCAAACAUCAGGAAGGAGUUUAUCGCUCGGGCACGCUGCUGAGGGUGGAUGGACGGGAGGACACAAAGAAAAAACAAAGCAGUGGAGUUUUUUCAGGCUUAACGGAUUAUUUUCAGCAAUGAGUAAAACCUUUUAUUAUAAAAA